GCCUGGCAGCCUGGCCCGAUGGGUGGCAAGAAAGUUUGCAUCGUGGGCUCCGGCAACUGGGGUUCAGCUAUUGCCAAAAUAGUGGGUAGCAAUGCAGCCCAGCUGGACAAAUUUGACAGCACGGUGAACAUGUGGGUGUUUGAAGAGGAAAUUGGAGGCAAGAAGCUCACGGAGAUCAUCAACACACAGCAUGAGAAUGUCAAGUAUUUGCCGGGCCACAAGCUGCCACCCAACGUGGUGGCGGUGCCAGAUGUAGUGAAGGCUGCGGCUGAUGCUGACAUCCUCCUCUUCGUAGUACCACAUCAGUUCAUCGGGAAGCUCUGUGACCAGCUGAAGGGCCACGUCAAGAAAGAAACAAUAGGGGUGUCACUCAUCAAGGGUGUUGAUGAGGGCCCAGAUGGGCUGAAGCUGAUAUCAGACAUUAUCCAUGAACAGCUGGGCAUUGCGAUGAGUGUGCUGAUGGGAGCCAACAUUGCCAAUGAGGUGGCAGAUGAGAAAUUCUGUGAGACCACAAUUGGUUGCAGGAAUACAGAACAUGGACAGAUCCUCAAGGACCUGCUGCAGACACCCAAUUUCCGAAUCACAGUGGUGCAGGAGUCAGACACUGUAGAGAUCUGUGGUGCCCUCAAGAAUGUGGUGGCUGUUGGUGCUGGUUUCUGCGAUGGGCUGGGCUUUGGCGAUAAUACCAAGGCGGCCGUGAUCCGGCUGGGCUUGAUGGAGAUGAUUGCUUUUGCCAAAAUCUUCUGCAAGGGCCCUGUUACUUCUGCCACCUUCCUAGAGAGCUGUGGGGUUGCUGACCUCAUCACGACUUGCUACGGGGGCCGGAAUCGCAAAGUAGCGGAGGCUUUUGCCAAGACUGGCAAGUCUAUUGAGCAGUUGGAGAAGGAGAUGCUCAAUGGGCAGAAGCUGCAGGGCCCUCAGACAUCAGCAGAGCUUCAACACAUCCUCAAGCACAAGAAUCUGGUGGACAAGUUCCCACUCUUCACUGCUGUCUACCAGAUUUGCUAUGAAGGCAAACCUGUCUCUGAUUUCAUCAAAUGCCUGCAAAACCACCCUGAACAUCUGUGAUUGGCCUCUGCACUUGUCGCAACAAGGAAGAGGCAGGAUUUUUGCCAUUGCUAUCCCCAAAAGAAGAGAAGGAACUACCACAGACCAUUGAUGGCCAUGGGAAUUUGCACUUAGGACACACAGAAGAAUUUGCACUCGGAAUCCCGGAUGGAGUAACUGCAUCAACACUCUGAGAGAGGUGCUCCUGUAAUUCAACAGUCCCUGCCUUAGACCACUGUGAACUGGAUUGAUUCAGUUUCCUGCUUAAGCUCUUGCCAGAUGCUAGAGCAUCCCCAGACUCAGUAUCGACAGAAGGCGAAGCUGUAGCUGUUAUCUAUCAUGAGCAAUUUUCUUGGAUGGAUUCCUCUCUGUUUGAUUUCUGUGCCUUGGUUUUAACUUCUCUUGUGGAGGGUUCAAACCUUAAACCCAUUAGUCUUAUCUAUUCUAACUCACGUGUUAGUUUUAUGUAAUAACUCAAAGCUUCCUGAAUUUUUAUGCCAUUAUGAGAACCACCCUCCAUUCUUAGAAUGAGCACCAGGCUCUUUCUGUCUAGAUGAGGUUUAACCUCAGCAUCUCUGGUAACCAUGAAAAUAGGAAUUCUAGCCCAGAAUGUGAAUAUUCAGUUACGAAGGAAUAAACACUAAUGUGAGAAACUA